GGGAGGUGACGCAACAGUCGGAGUCUUAAUUAUCUCGCACCCCAUUUAGCUUGUAUUUCUUUUCAAAGUUUUGCGCUGCGAAUGGAAAGUCGGAGCUGCGCGUGGCAGCGGCCGAACGUGGGCUCGCUCGCCGCCGCCGUCGUCGUCGCGGUGCUGCUUCUGCCCACUUGGCUCCUUUCCCACGGGAGCACAGCAAGCUUCUCGUGCCAGAGGGCCGAUGAAAACGGUUAUGCGACCGCUGGGUGCCCCGUGAAGAUCGGCUCCCAUCAGUCAAACGGCAAAUGUGUCACUGUCACUGUUUGGAUCAAAGAUGAAGACUUGAGUCAGGCCCCGACCAUUGAAAUCACAUCAUUGAGAAAAGAGAUUGUCCGGCCUGUCAUAAAAUACAAGAGAACAAAGAACAAGUGGCACGCCAAGAAGAAUCGAGGGGAAAUCCGAGUGUGGUGUCAUGAGCGCUCCCAACUGCAUCAGCCACAUAGCAAUAACACUUUGACCUCAUGGGAGCUGAUUUGUGAUUGUGCGGAGGCCGAGGUGCAGCUUCCUGUCACCGUGUCCUACAGCGCCGCUUCAAUCCGCUGCAGCGUCAAUUACACAAUACCAGAUCCUGUGCCCAAAUUCUCUUUGUCUGUGAAUCGUGCAUCCAAAUCCGUCACCAUUACUGUGGAAUCUGAGAAUAUAGUCAGUGCAAGGUGGUGCUACAAGCAGAGUGCACACUACUGCGUACAAGGGUCGCCCCAUUCCAACAUAACCACUAUUGAUCCAGCUCAGUCCCGCUCAGCUCUUCUCAGCAUCCCGUACCUGCUGCCAUGUGUCUGCAUACAAGUUUACUACACCCACACAGACACCCUCCGAAAAACAGUAUGCCCUUUCCAAACUAUUCCUCUGCAAGACAUGGAAGAUGUGUGGCUCUCCUCUGAGGUCACUUUGUAUGAGUCCAGUUUGAUUUGGAGCGCCGAGUGUCCCGCCCGAGGGCUCCUGAUCUUUGCUUCCCUCUGCUGGAGGCAUCACGAACACCUCUGCACCCCGCUGCUCAACUCCACCCUGGAGGGGCAGGAAGAAGGGCCAACCCUGAUUUAUAACACCUCUGUUGUAGACAAACACCCUCAGAUGUGCGUGAAGUUUUCCCUGCAAGGCAGCCACAACAUCUCUUGCCCCUUCCAGGCUGAUAUGUCGUCAUGGCACGUUUAUCUGGAGGCACUCCCGCGCAUCCUGUCGGUGUAUCUCAACUCUUCCGUCCCGGCCACGUUCUCAGCUCAGCUGUGCGUGCUGACCGACAGCGAAUGUGCAUCCAGAGGGCCCGUCUUCUCCCUCACGGCGGAAGCAGCGUCUGCAAGCAAAAUAAGAGUGCCUCUCGACUCCAUUACAGAGAGACCGUGUGUCCAGGUGUGGCAGUCACAUCCUGCCCUUAAUGGACGAAGAAUUCUGUGUCCACGCUACGCUCGCAACAGAUGGAGUAUGCAAGUGGUGGCAGCUUUGAUUCUUCUCACCAUAUUUGCAUUUUUGUCCAUUUUUGUCCACUCUCUCACAAAAAAGGGAGCUACAGAUUGUCUGUACAUCCAGAAGCCGGUGUUGCUAGUGUGCUCGUCGGAGCAGUCGCCGCACAUUUCUGCUGCGUGCGCCCUGGCUUCUCUGCUUCGGGGGGAUCUGAGUGCCACGGUCCACGUGGCCCUGUGCGCACCGAGCUCCCAGAAGCAGGCGGGCGUCGGGACCGGUGUGGCCGAUCUGGGCCCACUUCCCUGGCUGUACGGCCAGUGGGAGGCUGUGCGGAAGGCGCAAGGAAAAGUGUUAAUCGUCUGGAGUCCCGAAGCCAAGAGCACGUACGGGAAGUGGAGGCAGCGUACGCGUCGCGGCAAAGAUGAGACUGAAGACGAUUUCAAACACAACGCUGGACGCUGGGGAAAGCUUAAGAAAGAUGUGGAGGACAAAAAGCAAGUGAUACAGAACAAGCCUUCUGCCGUCAUAGAACCUGUGUUCGUAGCUGCUCUGGCCUGCCUGGAAGGGGCGCUGCUUGAGCAUAAAGGCGGAGGAGUUGCCUUUGUCUACUUCCAAGGCCUCGGCCACAGCAGGGACAUCCCCAAAGCCUUUCGAAACGUCCCUCGCUACUGCAUUCCUCAGGACUUCAGCGGCCUCAUCCGGGAGCUUGGCGGCCUGAGGAGAACAAAAAAGACAUUUUGGUGGCACUGUUGGCCCAGACUCAUUUCGAAGGUGGUGUCAAUGUGGCUGGCACGGCAGUUGGCCCGCAGAUUGCAGAGACUGCUGCCUCCUGUGCAAAGGAGAAAAGGCCAAAGGUGAUGGGUCACAACAGUCCAAAAAUCCCGUCGGCUAAGAUGCAAAGGCUUGUGUUUUUUUCUGGCAGCUAAUAAGGAACCACCGGGAAAGCAAGGCUGUCACACAAUGGACAGCGGAGAAGGAACUGUGAAUCAGAAUCUCUCUUUUUGUGACUCUUGGUGCGAAUGUUGAGGCCCCAGAGCUCUCGGUUACAGCGCAUCACCGUUUCAUUCCAGGCUGGUUUGUGUAAAUGCGCAUGAAGCAAGACAAUGAAAAUGACAUUUUAUACUGCAACUGGCAGAUUUUAAUGACUAAUGACAUCUGUUUCUAAUGCUGAGGUGUUGUCGCUAUCCAAUCAAAACCACCUAUCUCUUCAGGUUAAGACUCGCUUUUCUACAUGCACCUAUCUCAAAGAGAAACGGCAGUCUUUUGAUAACAAAAAUGAGAGAAGAAGAUGGUGGUGAGGCCUGAGCUAACGUUGGAAGUCUUAGCUUAGUUGAAAAGGAAGGAUGGCUCAUCAUGUUAACAUUGACGGCUAUUGAAUUCAAAUAUCCAUGUUAACAUGGAGGACUGGCAGUGAAUGAGUUAUCCAUCCAUCCAUUUUCUUUACCGCUUAUCCUCACUCGGGUCGCGGGCUGCUGGAGCCUAUCCCAGCUAUCUUCGGGCAAGAGGCGGGGUACACCCUGAACCGGUCCCCAGCCCAUCGCAGGGCACAUAGAAACAAACAACCUUUCGCACUCACAUUCACACCUACGGGCAAUUUAGAGUCGUCAAUCAACCUACCACGCAUGUUUUUGGGAUGUAAAAGGAAACCGGAGUGCCCGGAGAAAAGCCUCACGCAGGCGCGCGGAGAACAUGCAAACUCCACACAGGCUGGGCCGGGAUUUGAACCACGGUCCCCAGAACUGCUAGGCAAAUGUGGUAACCAGUCGGCCGGCGUGAAUGAGUUAAAAAAGUGUACGUUUAUUUGUAUUUUACAACAGAAUUAUGAUAUUCAAUUGCCACUGUCUCUAAGCUUUCAGAUGAGUCUAAUUGCUUGCUGUAAAAAUACCUUUGAAAACAUCCACUGUUUUUUCAGUUCCCCUGACAUUGGAGUCAAUAAAAAGUAUUAGUAUGUGUUGCUAA